AUGUGGUUCUCGACAAGGAAUCUCAUUAUGGUGGGCUUGCUCAGCGCCUUGGGCCUGAAGCAGCAGACCGCUGCAGUUGAGUUGUCAAGCUUCACAAAGAACUUGUUCACCGAGUCCAUGGACUUUUUGGAUAAGAUUUACGACCCUGCGGCCGGCUACCUUUAUUUUUUCUACUUCCCACUUGCGGCAGGCAAGCACGAGACGCGAUCUUCGGUCUGGUAUGCAACUGGCCUCCUGCAACGCAACACUGGCGACGAUGUGGAGCAGGCUACCAAGAUCAUCAAAAAUGUGAUCGGAGAUCAGAAGAAAAUACGUGAGGAACAAUGGUAUGGAGACUACACUGUUUAUCCAGAGGAGCCAACUGUUGGCACAACGGCAUAUCCUAAGAACAUCUACAAUUCUUGGGAUCCUAAUUGGCGAGGCUUCAUUGGCACAACUCUCAUCGUCAUUUAUGAAGAGUUUAGGCACCUUCUUGCGAGAGACGUUCAGGAUCUCAUUCUCGAGAGCCUGUACAACAACACCGUUGGAGACAGCUACCGUGUCGGUGGAGUUGAUGACGACAAUCUUUACCCGUCAUACAGCAACCCAGCCAUCAUGCGUGCCAUUGCGACCGGGUGGACUGGUCGAACUCUCAAUGACUCCAACAUGACAGCUGCCGGCGAACUGUACGCCAAGGAGAUUUUAGACUUAUUUGACCGCAACAACACACUCUCUGAGUUCAACAGCCCAACGUACAUCGGCGUCAGCAUCUAUUCGCUUACCCUAUGGGCCAAGUACAUGCCUAAUGACUCGUCACUAAUGGGCCAGCAUGGUGCUCGCAUGAUCAAAGCCAUUUGGGAAUCCAUCGGUUCCAUGUACAACGCCAACCUCCGCAAUGUCGCUGGACCGUGGGAUAGGACUUAUGGUUUCGACAUGAACCAAUACGUCGCCAUCAUCAACAUCUACAUCUGGUCUCUCGUUGGUAAGGACAAGGCACCCGGCAUCUCACAAACAUGGAGCAUGGCGCACGCAGAUGAUUUUGAGUACGCGCCGCUCAUCUCUGUCUUGGCACCUUUCCAUGAUGCCCUCAUACCAUCAGACGUUUUGGAGAAGCUCAGCACAUUCCCUGGUGAGCACUUGUUUGAAACUGCCGCUUUCUCACCCCCUCACGAUUCCGUGCCUCGAAACAUCACAACCUGGCUAUCUGCCAACCUCACCAUUGGAGCUGAGUCAUAUGACGAAGAUACUCUCGGUGGGCCCCGCGAAGAUCCUUCUCAAUGGUCUCCUGCGGUGGUGCAGUGGGCUAGGAACGACGGUAGCGUCGGCUACAUCGUUCUCCAUGGCACUGACGAGACUUUGGAUGUGGAUGUUAGCCCUGGGCAUCUCAGCCUAUCUUACCCCCACGGCAAUUCUACCAGCAUUUUCACAUUCCUUGUGAGCUCCAAUCCCCUUGGCGGCAAGAGAGACAUCUUCGGAUUCGAGGACGUUGAAGGAAUACAAGUCAGCGUCGGUGGCUCAGUAGUUUCACAACCGGAAAUUGGAUUCUGUGGCCUUGUUGGCGGCACCUGUUCCAUCAUUCAUGGCUUUGAAUUUUGGAACAUUACGUUUGUGAUGCCUAGUAACUCAAGUGCAGUUCCCUCGAUUGAACUUGACAUCAAGAGUACAAUUGGGGAGAGUGAGCGGAGAUCGCAUCGUACCUUGUAGUCAGGAUCAUCAAAAUGCGGUUAGCAACUUGUCUCAUGUUGAAGUACAGGUCCGCAGAGAUGAAAGUUGUUUCCUGAUCGUUGAAGAUAGUGGGCUUUUUGGAAGCUAUUUUCAGAUUUCAACUUGUCAUUUACACUGCGGCUCUGGUUACUUUGUGGAUUAGUGAAACCUUCACCAAAAAAGCUUCUUGUCUGGUUCCAGGUUCAUUAAUGUCCCACCCUAACC